UUGCAGGUAUAUCUCUCGGGCGGUAUCAAAAAUUUGCUGCCGGUGCUUCAUUUCCAGCAACAGCCAGUGUCGAAUAAUACUCAUCAAUCCCUGCAAAUCUUGGCAAUUUGGUCGCUUCUACUCAACCGCCUCGAAUUAGCCAAAUGCCUUUGCGCAUAUUCCAGCGAACCGGUCCCGCUGGCACUAGUUCACGAUUAUCUGCUGUACGAGAACGAGUUACGUGCAAUGGCACGAUGGUUUGGCAAUCAUGCAAGCGCAGUGUUGGAUGCGGCAUACAAGCAGUCUUCUUUGGAUACCUACCGAUCGCUAUGCAUCCCCAUCGAUACUUUUGGCGGCUUAACACUUACCGAGCUUGCGCUACAGGUUGUUCGUUUGUUAGUGUUUGAUAUGACACUGCAUCUCCAGCUAUCGGCAAGCAAAGAGCACCAGAUUACGAAUGAGCUGUUCCUCGUUCCAAAUGCCCCCCUUUUUUCCCGCAACUUUUUGACUAAACUACAGUAA